AUGACCAAAUCAGAAGCAUCAGCUGGAAAACCACCAUUACGUGAACAACGAGAAACAUGUUGGAAAUUACGAGAUGAAUAUUUUUCAUGUCUCGAAACACUCUCGGUAUUUGACCCUACAAAGGUAGAUACUGAUGAAUUAAUAAAAACAUUAGUUAAAAAAAGUGAUUGUUGGAAGAAAAAAAGUUCCUACGAAAAUGCUUGUAUUACAAGUUGGGUAGAUUAUUUUAAUAAACGACGCGCAUUGGAGAUUAGACAACGUCAAAUCUCUGCAGAUGCGAAAAAACGUUCAGAUGGAGAGUCCGAAAGUAAAUAA